AUGGUGGAUGCUAUUGUUUCCGUUGUGGUGGAGCGGCUUGCAGCUACCUUAGAAGAGCAGGUCCGUAAAGAAAUAAAUUUGGUGAGAGGCGUUGAGAAUGAGAUUCGGAGUCUUUCCGAUGAUCUGAAGAAAGUUAGAAACGUGUUGGAAGAUGCGGAGAAAAAGGGGUAUAAGGACAAAAGCGUCAAAGAUUGGCUGACCAGGCUCGAAAACACGACCUACGAAAUGGACGACGUGUUGGACGAAUGGAACUACUCUGUUCUCAAAUUCCGGAUCGAACAAUCGUCUGAUGAUCAUGAUGUUGUUCCUCCUAAGAAAAAGGUAUGGUCCUCCUUCAUCCCGUCUCCAUGUUUAUGUUUCAAGAAAGUUAUCACUCGUCAUGCAAUUGCCUUGAAAAUUGAAGAAGUCAAAACACGAUUCGAUCUAAUAUUGGCUGAGCAAGCUCGAUUUGGUUUUCAUGAGACCAAAUCUCAGCCCAAUGAACCUUCUCACCAAUCUUCAAGAGUUCAAACUACUUCUUUAAUUGAUUUAGAGAAAGUUUGUGGUCGUAAAUUUGAUAGUGAAAAUUUGGUGAGCAAACUAGUGGGUGGAGGUGGUAUUGAAGAAGAAUUAGGCGUCGGUGUUCUGUCUAUAGUGGGUGUUGGGGGGCUUGGGAAGACAACUCUUGCUAAACUAGCUUAUAACGAUAGUCGAGUUGAGAAACACUUUGAGUUAAGAAUUUGGAUAUGCGUUUCGGAUCCCUUUAACGAGGUUGAGAUUGCGAAAGGGAUUGUCGUGAGUGUGAAAAAGUUGGAUAACCCCCCGAAUACUAACCAAUUAGAAAUGGUACUACAAAGUCUAACAGAGACUAUUUCGGGGAAAAAGUUUCUUCUUGUCCUGGAUGAUGUUUGGACGGAAGACAGUACCAAGUGGGAACCUCUGAGAAUUUGUCUCAAAGGUGGUGGUUUGGGUAGUAGAAUUUUGGUGACGACCAGAAACGAAAGGGUUGCUGUAAUGAUGGGUUGCGUUAAGAAUGACAUCCACCAUUUAGGACAUCUAUCCCAUGAAGAGUGUUGGUUAUUGUUAAGUCGGAUAGCGCUUUCUGGAAAGAGCGAGAAUGAACGUGAAAAAUUCCAGAACAUAGGUAGGAAGAUAGCGAAUAAGUGCAAGGGGUUGCCACUUGCAGCAAAGACUUUGGGAAGUCUUUUGCAGUUUAAGAAUAGUGUGGAAGCAUGGGACAACGUAUUGAAUAGUGAAAUAUGGGAAUUGGAGGAGGUAGAAGAUGACAUAUUCCGCCAUUUGCUUCUAAGUUACAAAGAAUUGUCCCCAAUGCUUCAGCGUUGUUUCUCAUAUUGCGCUAUCUAUCCUAAAGAUACCGUAAUUAGCGUGGCAGACAUAAUAAAAAUAUGGUUUGCAAUGGGUUACCUAGGAUACAGCAGUGAUUGGGAAGUUAGAGGGAGAGAGUAUUUUGAUAAGUUAGCAAUGCGUUCUUUGUUUCAAGAUUUUAGCAAAACAUCAAAUUUGGAUGAGGAUUUGAUAAAAUCAUUUAAGAUGCAUGAUAUAAUACAUGAUUUUGCUCAAUUUCUUAGAAAUAAUGUGGGAUCAAGAAUGAAGGAAACAAAUUGCCAAACCUGUAGCCCUUUGUUAGUUUCCCAAGUCGAAAAAUACCGUAGCCUUUUUUUCACUGGAGAACUUUAUGAUCCACAUUUUUGUGAUGGCCUCACAAGUGUGAGGUUGCUAAGCCUAAAGGGACGUUGCUUCGGAGGUAUUCCGAAAGAAAUAGGAAAGUUGAUCCACUUGAGGUGGUUGUAUUUGAGUUCGAGUCACUUUAUGGCGAAAGACGCUCUAAAAAGCAUUUGUAAACUUUACAACUUGCAAUUUCUUUUGGUGGAAAUGUGCGACCUAACUGAGAUUCCGCAUGAAAUUGGGAAUUUGACUAAAUUGAAAGAAUUGAACUUAAGCUCUAAUCGCCUGAUAGAGGAGUUGCCGGAGAGCAUGUGCAAUUUGCGCGAAUUAGAAAGCUUGAAUAUUAAAUCAUGCGAGGGUCUUGUUCGACUUCCCCAAGGGAUCCACAGGCUCGUAAACCUCAAGCACCUCUAUAACAAACAUACCGAUUCUUUGAAGCAAUACCCUCAAGGACUAGCCCAGUUAACCAGCCUUGUCACAUUGAAAGAAUUUCAUAAUCAAGAUGGGAACAAGUUGGGGUUGUUGAAGAACUUAAACCGACUUAGCAAUUCCCUGCAAUUGAUGAUCGAAUUAAAUAGUGGUGAUGAUUCGGCAGUGGUGGAGGAUGCUCGUGAAGCGGAGUUGAGGAAUAAAACGCGCAUUCGGAACCUUCGAAUAAUGUUUUCUGAAUCAACAAUGGAUGGUGAAGAAGUAGUGAAAGAGGCAUCGGCUUGGAAUGACAUACUAGAUGCUCUUGAGCCACAUCCAAACCUUCGAGAGCUGACUAUUGAUGAGUAUAAAGGCUCCAGACUUCCGGAAUGGAUUGUGUCCCCCCUCAACCAACUCACAUCUAUCAAGCUCUUCUAUUGUGAAUGCCUUUUGUCGCUGCCGCCGCUGGGUAAACUACCGUUACUGAAGACUCUUUGGAUUAUUCGUUUAACUGAGUUGGAGUUUGUUGGGCGUGAAUUCCUCGGAAUAACAACAACUACUUCAUCGGUGAGUACUAGUAUUAUUGGUGGAUUUCCCAAGUUGGAGGAACUGAAAUUUGGUGAAUGUUCAAAGUGGAAGGAGUGGGAGGACAUUACUGCCGAAGAAGAAGAAGAAGAAGAUUGUGAGGGUGUCUCAAUAAUGCCUUGCCUGACACGUCUGACAAUCCGAAACUGCGAGGCAUUGAAGAAGCUGCCGCAACGCCUCAUGCGAAAGGUGUCGUCGUCGAAGCGGUUGACUAUUAGAGGUUCAGAUCAACUGAUACAAGUCUAA